AAUUGACGAUAAAAAAUUAUUUCUUUCUUCAUCAUUUUCAAAGCAGAGAAGGCUUAUAAGUUCUUCAGAAAAAUCUGUAUUAUUCUUUGAUUUCUUGCUAUGAAAUGAUGUUAUUAUUGGGUCUGAAGAUAUUAAUAGUCUGAUUAAAAUGUCUCUAUUAUUAUGUAUUUUUAACAUUUUUCUGGAAAAGUUCUCUCUAUACCUUCUAAGGUCUUUAUUCCGAGUUUCUUGCAAUUUAACUAAGAGACAUGGAAUUUUUUUCUUAUUUUUACCAGAAUAAGUAUGGGUUAGCCUCUCACCCGGUACCUGCUUGACGUUGAGUUUCGGGAUACCUGUAUACAUUUUUUUAAUUACUGCAUAUCCAUUUCAAAACAUUAUUCUGUUUUCAAUGUUAUCAUGUAUCAAAUUACAUUAUUACUAGCCUUUCACCCGAACUCCUGUUUCGUAAAAUGGACGUUCGCGCCCACAUAUAUUGACAUUUUAAAUUAAUUUAGCUAAGGUGCAUAGGUAAGUAUGUAAGUCAAUGAAAGAGACGAGAAAGCAAUGGGAUGAGAUGGCAGGGGAUGGGACGUAGGGAUAUAUAAUAAUGGGAGGGGAUUUCAAUGCUAGAGUGGGCGAGGAGGGGGGAAGGGUGGAGAUAUGGGGAGAGUAGCGACGACGGCGGUCGAAGGAUACUGUGCGGAAUGGAGAAGGAACAGAAAUGCUGAGAUGGGUGGAGGAGAACGGAUGGGAGAUACUGAAUGGGAAUAAAGAGGAAGGGAAGUAGACGAAACAUCGGGGCGAGGGGGGACAUCUGUGAUUGAUUAUGUACUGGUGGAUCAAGAAAUGUGGGAGAGGGUGGAAAGGUUUAAAGUGGGACAAGCGGUAGAGUCGGAUCACCAACCGUUGGAGGUGGAGGUAAAGGGGGUGGACGGCAGAAGGCGAGCGGAACUGGGGAGCAAGUUCAUCAGGACAGACUGGUCGGAAGAAGGGGUAGCAUUCUACAGGGGAAACCUCGACACUUGGCAACAGAGGAUACAAGAGAUCAAUGGUUUGGAAGAACUUAUCCAGGUAGUGCGGGAGGCAACACUGAAAAGGGAGUGUGUACGUAGGGGGGGCAGAGUAGGGAGGAACGACUGGUAUGAUGGCGAGUGCAAGAAGGCGAAGAUGGAGGCGAGAAGGAGGUUGGGGCAGUGGAGACGGGGGAAGAUAGGGGUGGAUAGAUAUAGGGAGGCCAGGAGGGGAUACAGAGAGUUACGCAGUAGAAAGAAAACAGAACUGAGGGAGAAGGACGCGGCAGAGAUUAGAGGGAUAACAAGGGAAGGGGAUGUCUGGAGGUAUCUGAAAAAGAGAAAGAAGGGUAAGGAGAGGAUAACCAGCGAAAUACACAUGACAGAAUGGGAGAGUUACUUUAUGGGAUUAUUGGGAGGGGUUGAAACGAGGCUAACGGGUUUGGGAGGCUAUGAGGGAGAUGGGGUAGAGGAGAUGGAAGCAGUGCUUAGGGGAUUGAAGAAGGGAAAGGCGCCAGGGGAAGAUGGGAUCCAGAACGAGGCAUGGUUGGAAGCAUCAAGGGUGGUGAGAGUUAAGUUGUUGGAGGGGAUGAAUAGUGUAUGGAGAGGGGGUGGGAUUCCGGAGGGAUGGAAUGUGGGGGUAAUUUGCCCAGUAUAUAAAAAGGGUAAGGGCUAAGGGAAGGGUAGAGAGCAACAGGGGAAUUAACCUACUAUAUUCGGCAUACAAGGUAUACACGAAGAUACUGCUGGGAAGACUGGAGGAGGAGAUGGAGUUGGGGGGAAUUUUGCCGGAUGGGCGGGCAGGCUUUCGGAAGGGAAGGGGAGCAAUGGACAACGUGUACGUGUUGAAGCAUCUGGCAAAUAGAGAGCUGGAUAAGAAGGGAGGGAAAUUGUACGCCCUGUUUAUAGAUUUGAAUGCGGCUUUUGAUAAGGUGGAUAGGGGAAAGUUGUGGGCGGAGGGGGAUCACGGAACACCUAAUUGCGAGAGUGAAGGAAAUAUACAUGGAGACUAUGGCUAGGAUAAAAGUGGGAGAUAAGCUGAGCGACGUGUUCAGGACGAUGAAGGGACUGAGGCAGGGAUGUCCGCUGAGCCCAAGUCUGUUUGUACUGUAUACGGCGGACCUGGAGGA